AUGGACACGUUUUCAGACGCGCUGAAUGUGACGCUGCGGAACUGCGUGCUUGUGGGCGGUGCACUGCUGCGGAUCAAAGGCGUUGAUGACGCUGGUAUGGCAGCGCUGAUGCCUCGUCUGCUUGUGAACAUGACGAAUGUAACGUCGGUGGAGGGCACGAUCGUGCUGCAAGGCACAGUGCCCGCGAACUCGAUUGUGCUGCUGGCGAACUCGACGCUGCGUGCAACAACCGAUGGAUCGCAGUAUGUACUGACAAGUGUGGGUGAGGGGAGUGCCAAGUAUGGUCCCGUGCUCGUGCUCGACGGCGUGCAGCUUCUGUCAACGCAGUUUGUUGUGACGCGUACGAAAAUGACGUGUUCGGGAGAGACCACAUGCGCUCCUAUCCUCGUGGAACACGGCCUCUACGUGAAGCAGUCGAGCGCCUUCUACAUGGACAACUGCGCGGUGAGCUCGCCGGCCUAUGGGAUCAACUUCGUUUCUUCCGAUUUGGGGGUUCUCGGUGGCUCAGUGUUCUCGGUACAGAACAGCUCAUGGAAGGUUGCGACGGAUAGCAUUACCGCCGGCGCAAUUCAGUCUGACGGUGUUGUGGUGAAUGGUGGGAGUGUGAUGCAGUUUGUCUCGAGUGAGUUUCGCGCUGGGCUCAAGGUGCUCUCCUUUCUUACGCUAGAAUUGUCUGAUAGGAGCUGGUUGGUUCACAGGGACUGUCAGUUUCGCAGCUACUACGUUCUGUAUGUGUCGGGCUGGUCUGGUGUGCAGUUUGUGAAUCAGAGUGUUUGGUCAGUACUGCGCAACCGAUUGCUUCCUGGAACAUUCUCUCCUUCCUCUUACCUAUCCAAUUAUUGGUACUUACCUGUGGUCUCCAAUUCGACUGUGUACGGCAUGUGCAAUAGUUGA